UGCUGCUGCGCAGACCUUUGGUUCCCAGCAGCAGAGGAAGAGCGGCGGCUAACGUUCCGCGCUGACAGAGUUUUCUAAGAAAUAAAGGAGGAAAAUCGUUUGAGAAGAAGAUCUUUCUAUGGCUGCUGGUUAUUAAUGUUUGCUUAAACCCGGCAGCGAAAUAAGGAGGAUUUCCAGGAUCUUUCCAGGCGGUGAGGCGCUCCCAGGGCGGCAUGAUGGAGGGGGCGGCCCCUACUCUGAUCGACAGCAGCACCAGUGAGAGGGUUGUGGAGCUUCUGAAUCAGGCGGCGCUGAUGUCAUCAGAUGAGAAGCUGAACGUUCUCAAACAGGUUCAGGAGCUGAUCAUCAACAAAGACCCGUCUCUGCUCGACAACUUUCUGGACGAGAUCAUCGCCUUCCAGACGGACCGCUCCAUCGAAGUGAGGAAGUUUGUGAUCGGAUUCAUAGAGGAGGCGUGUAAGCGGGACAACGAACUCCUCCUCAGGCUCAUCGCCAACCUCAACAUGCUGCUGAGGGACGACAGCGUCAACGUGGUGAAGAAGGCCGUCCUCUCCCUCACCCAGCUCUACAGGGUGACCCUGCAGUGGCUGGUCCGCUCUAAAACGGUGUCGGAGAUGCAGGAGGCGUGCUGGGAUCUGGUCACACAGAUGAGCGGGGAGGUUCUGACCAUGCUGGACUCAGAGAACGAUGGCAUCCGGACCCACGCCAUCAAGUUCACAGAAUCUCUGAUCAUUACGCUGUCGCCACGGACACCAGAGUCCGACGUCCCUAAGAGGCAGGAAGGAGACAUCAGCCUGGACAAAGUCCCCAGAGACCACUCCUACAUUCGCUAUGACACGCUGUGUGAGGAGGGGAAGAGCGCCCUGGAGAAGCUGCUGAAGUUCAUGGUCCAUCCUGCCAUUUCCAGCAUCAACCUGACCACGGCGCUGGGCUCUCUGGCCACCAUCGCCCGGCAGAGACCCAUGUUCAUGUGUGAGGUGGUGCAGGCCUACGAGACGCUGCAUGCCAACCUCCCUCCGACUCUGGCCAAGUCUCAGGUGAGCAGCGUUCGGAAGAACCUGAAGCUGCACCUGGUGGCGGUCCUGAAGCACCCCUGCAGCCUGGAGUUCCAGGUCCAGAUCAGCACCCUGCUGCUGGAUCUGGGAAUGCCGCAGAGCGAAAUAACCCGUUACACACCGGCACCGCGGGAGCAGCGCAAAAGGCCUCGCUACGAGCAGUCCACUGACGGGAAGAAGGUCAAGAUGGAACCAGCUCUCAUUGAGGACGACGAAGACAAAGAGGAACCGGCCCCACUCGCGGCCCCGAAGCCAGCCGCGGUUCCAGCUCCACAUUCAGCCAUCGACCUCACGGCAGAGUUCUUACGCCCGCUGCUAACGCCCGACAACGUAGCCAACCUGGUGCUCAUCAGCAUGGUGUACCUGCCGGACGUCAUGCCAGCCUCCUUCCAGGCCACUUACACGCCUGUGGAGUCGGCCGGCACUGACGCCCAGAUCAAACAUCUGGCCAGACUGAUGGCGACGCAGAUGACGGCGGCAGGAAUCGGCCCAGGUCUGGAACAGUGCAAGGCCCGGGAGGAGGAGGCGGAUAAAGAGGAGCAGACGGAGGACGGUUCUGCUGCCAAAGACGUUCUGAUCAAACGCAAACUGUCCUCGGUUGUUCUGGGCCAGGCCAUCUCCGUGGUGGGAGGUUACCCAGAGAAGCCUCCUCCCUCUGAAGCUCCUGCAGCCAAGAGGCUCCCUGAGCCCAUCCUCCCCUCGGCACAGACCAAGAGCACCGGUACCGUCGGGAGGAAGAAGGUGUUCCGACUCGCCGACGUGGUCCAGCCUUUGUCGGACUCCCAGAUCGGGCUUUUGUCGUCCAAAGCGGUGAAGCGGAUCCUCCAGUCGGAGAAGGCCAUCACGCAGAGCGGGAUGUCCCACGUCCGGGUGAAGCUCCUCUCCAGGCUGGUGACCCAGUUCGAGGGCGUGAUGAAGGAGGAUGUCCUGGAGUACGUUCUGGAGGACGUCCGGACCAGGAGCGAGCUGGCCUUCUCCCUGCUCUACCAGGAGUACAACACCUACCUGAGCCAGCUGCCCGCCGGCCUGCUGGACAGCUACGACCACUGCCUCUACACGCUGCUGUCGGGUCUGCAGGAGAAGCCCGAGCAGAGGGACGGACUCUUCACUAAGCUGGUCCUGGAGGCGCCCAUCAUCACCGAGUCGGCGCUGGACGUGAUUCGGCGGUACUGCGAGGACGAGUCGCGGGUCUAUCUGGGGAUGACGACGCUGAAGGAGCUCAUCGUGAAGAGGCCGUCCAGACAGUUCCAGUACCUCCAUGUUCUUCUGGACCUGAGCUCACAUGAGAAGGAGAAGGUCCGCAGCACCGCCCUGUCCUUCCUGAAGCGGAUGUAUGAGAAGGACCACCUGAGGGACUACAUUGAGAAGUUUGCCCUGAACUACCUGCAGCUCCUCGUUCACCCAAACCCGCCGUCUCUGCUGUUUGGAGCCGACAAAGACACAGAGGUGGCGGCUCCGUGGACGGAGGACACGGUGAGACAGUGUCUCUUCCUCUACCUGUCCCUGCUCCCUCUGAACCACCGGCUGGUCCACGAGCUGGCGUCCGUCUACACCGAGGCCAUCGCAGACAUCAAGCGCAGCGUCCUCCGCGCCAUCGAGCAGCCCAUCCGAGGAAUGGGCAUGAACUCUCCUGAGCUGCUGCUCCUGGUGGAGAACUGCCCCAAAGGAGCCGAGACUCUGGUGACCCGCUGUCUGCACAUUCUGACCGACAAAGUGCCUCCGUCUCCGGAGCUGGUGGAGCGGGUCAGAGACCUCUACCAUAAACGGGUUCCUGACGUGCGUUUCCUGAUCCCGGUCAUCAACGGGCUGGAGAAGAGUGAAGUGAUCCAGGCUCUGCCUAAACUCAUCAAGCUGAACCCCAUCGUGGUGAAGGAGGUCUUCAACAGACUGCUGGGAACUCAGCACAGUGAGGGAAGCUCCUCGGUUUCUCCUCUGACUCCAGGAGACCUGCUCAUUGCUCUGCACAACAUCGACUCCAACAAGUGUGACAUGAAGUCCAUCAUCAAAGCCACCAACCUGUGCUUUGCUGAGAAGAACGUCUACACCUCGGAGGUUCUGGCCGUGGUGAUGCAGCAGCUGAUGGAGCACAGUCCGCUCCCCAUGCUGCUCAUGCGCACCGUCAUCCAGUCCCUCACCAUGUACCCCCGCCUGGGCGGCUUCGUCAUGAACAUCCUGUCCCGCCUCAUCGUCAAGCAGGUGUGGAAGUAUCCCAAAGUGUGGGAGGGCUUCGUGAAGUGCUGCCAGAGGACCAAGCCUCAGUCCUACAGCGUGUUGCUGCAGCUGCCGCCGCCGCAGCUGAGCGCCGUCUUCGAGCGUUGCCCCGAGAUGAGGACGCCGCUCCUGCAGCACGUCCUGUCCUUCACGCCGCAUCAGCAAGCUCACAUCCCGACCUCCAUCAUGGCGGUUCUGGAAGCCCAUAAGAAACCAGAACCCAAGGCGGCGGAGGCCGUCCUGGGGCAGGAGUCGGAACCGGCUCCAAAUCCAGAAACUCCUGUCAUGGAGCCCGGCGAGCCGGAUCCUCGCCAUCAGCAGGAAGCGGUUCUUCUAAAGGAGGAAGAGGAACCCAUGGAGCAGGAAGAGGCGGAGCCAACGAGCCUGGAUGGAACUCUGGACUCUGUUUCCCAGGACGAUCUGACCAAGGAUGUGGAGGAACCCACACCGGCUCCAGAACCAGCUGAGGAACCCAUGGAGGAGCCUCAGCCAGAACCGUUGGAUCAGCCGGAGUCUCCCAGAGAUCCAGAACCCAUCGAGGCUGCGCCUGGAGCUGGAAGUGGGUCGGAGGAAGUGGACUAAACGGGAAACAAACGAAGGGAA